GAACGUGCCCGCGGUUACGCCCGCAGUGAAGGCGUUUCCUUCAUCCUCCUCCAACAGGCAAAAGAUGCAAAAAGAAUCUACGCACAACUUGUCCACGCCAAAUAAUGUGAUGGUUACAAAGAACAAGGCAUCACUUUUCCAUCAGGAACAAUGCAAGCUAAACUUCUACGAGAAGCCUAUCAAGAAUGUGAGGUAGAUCCUAGAAAAGUCACAUUUAUGGAAGCUCAUGGAACUGGUACAAGAGUUGGAGAUCCAGAGGAGAUUAGAGCUUUAGAUGAGAUAUUCUGCACUGGUCGCGACAAACCUCUUCCCAUUGGAUCUGUGAAAUCUAACAUUGGACAUGGAGAACCGGCAUCAGGUAUAUCUUCUGUUGUCAAAGUGUGCAUAGCUAUGGAAACAGGAAAAAUUCCACCAAAUCUCCAUUUCGAAACACCUAAAAAAGAAUUGACUGCUAUUGUUGAAGGCAGAAUGCAAGUCGUGACUGAACCACAAGAUUUUGAGGGAGGGUAUGUUGGUAUUAACAGCUUUGGUUUUGGAGGUGCAAACGUGCACGUUUUAUUAAAAUCACCUGAAGAUCUUCUGGCUAGAAAACGCGUUGAGAAUAAUGUAUCAGAGCUUAAAAUUCCUUACCUGAUCUGUGUUUCUGGACGUACAAAAUCUGCAGUUGAUAUGCUCCUUGAUGGAAUUCAUCAGGAAUCUUCAAUUAUUUACCCAAAACCUGCCAAUACCGGUGAUGAAAUAAAUUUGGACGUUGUUCAACUUGUUCAAGCAGCUUUUAAGAACGGCGUUGAAGGGCAUGAUUAUCGUGGUUUUGUAGUUUUGGAUAAACGUGGUUACGAAAUAUCGCGAAGUGAUGCUAUGAUUGACAACGUGUCUAAAAAAGAAACUGUUUUCCUAUUCUCCGGGUAUGACUACAAUCCUACUUUGGCUAGAGGUUUACUUGUUUUCCCUGUGUUCCAAGAAGUGAUAGAACGUAGUAAUAAAUUUUUGGCUAAGUUCAGUAUUCAAUUGCUAAAGAUGGUUGAGGAUGUAGAUUUUGGAGCGUCCCGAAAUUUUGUAGAGAAGCACGUGGCUUCGACAGUUGUUCAGAUUGGCAUUGUACAACUUUUGAAAAGUUUAAAAGUUGAGCCUACUGUUAUAAUUGGACAAGGAGCUGGUGAAAUUCUGUGUGCUUUUACGGAUGGAUGUUUGACGCUGGAACAGACUUUGACGGCUGCCUAUUUGAGUUUAGUCAAUCCAAAUUUACUCCAGCAAGCUUUAUCCAAAUUUCCUGGAAAUUCGUACGUGUUUGAAAUCAACUCAUUCAUGCCACAAUUUAAAGGAGUUUUAGAAGAAUCGAUUGAAUGCUUGACUUAUGCAAGUUUAUAUGUCAGAAGAGGUGAAGAAUGCGAAAAAGUAGAUAUUAACCAGUUGUAUAGGCAUGAGUGGCCCGUGGGUAGAGGCACACCCAUGUUGUCCCAUUUGAUUGGAUGGGAUCACGGACGAGAUUGGUAUGUUACUUCCUACAAGACUUUGGAAAAAUUAGAAACAGGCGAAAGAUCAAUCUGCAUUUCCGCUUUUGAUCAAGAAAAUGAAUACUUGACCGGUCACGUUAUAGAUGGACGUAACUUAUUCCCUGCUACUGGUUAUUUAACUUUAGUAUGGGAAACAUUUGCUAUGAUGCGUGGUGAAAUCUUAACAGAAGUUCCUUGCAUUUUUGAGGACAUUCGAUUUUUGCGCGCUACCAAUGUUCCUAAAGAUGGCAAGAUUGAUUUUGAUAUUAUGAUUCAAAAAGGCACCGGAAAAUUCGAGGUUCUUGAAGGUGGAACUACCAUUGUAACUGGUACAAUUUACCACCCUGGUGUUAGGCAAACCAAGUUGCCUGAUUUGCCAGAAAGAGUUAUUAGAGACACUUUCCCAGAUUCUAUUCCAUUAGCUGCUAAAGAUGUUUAUAAAGAAUUGAGAUUGAGGGGAUAUAAUUACAGCGGUGCUUUCAAAGGUGUAGUAUCUUACGAUCAGCAAACUUGUGAUGGUCGCAUAUUAUGGGCUCAUAAUUGGGUCACAUUUAUGGACUGCAUGAUGCAGCUUCAAAUUCUUUGUGAAGAUACAAGAGGAUUGUUUGUUCCUACUUCAAUCAGAAAAUUGAAAAUUGAUACACGUGCCCAUAUCCAUGCUAUUCAUGCUCUUGGAGAGGAUAGAACCUUCAAAGUUGAGCUGCAUCCAGAUAUAGGUGUUAUAAGAGCUGGCGGUGUUGAAAUUUGUGGUUUAAAAGCUAGUGCAAUUGCAAGAAAGAAGCCAGCAGGUGAACCAGUAUUAGAAAAGCACGUUUUUGUACCAAACCACUUGCAAACUGAUUGUGUUGAUGAUGCAGUGAGAUGUAUUGUGCAACAGAUUCUCGAAAAUAUUCCUAUAUUAAAAGUCAAAGCAUUUGAAUUAGUCGAUAAACUUCCUAAAGUACCCAAAAAGGAAGAAGGCGAUUCCAGCGAUCAGCCAGAAAUUGAUUACUUGCAAGUUAAUUCAAUGGAAAUACCUUUAUCUCCAAUCUUAAGGUCUGCUUUAGAGGAUCUGCCACUAGUGCAAAGUGAUAUGACAAUUUGGGCAGAAACUGCUAAUCCAUCAGAACAACAAAACGCAGAUUUAGGCGCUGGUGUUCAUUUGUCAGAAGAUAAGAAGUUACCAGGAGAUGGUAAAAGCACAUUGUUGAUUGGUACAGCACUAUUAAAUAAGAAAGAGGACCUUGAAAAGGCAUUACCAACUCUGCGUGCAAAUGGUUAUGUUAUAUCACGUGAAGAUUUAUCAUUUUCCUUAGACGCAUCUGCGAUUUCGGCCAUUUGUCCAGGAUUAAAUCUAGUAGCAUCUUACAAAUUGCCACACGAAAUAUUAUUAUUGUUCCAAAGAAAAAUUCACAAGACUAAACCAUGGCAUGUUAUUAAAGUUGAUGAAAGUGAUGAGAAGUUUAGCUGGUUAGAAGAAUUAAAGUCUCAAAUUAAAAUAGCCGAUAGUAGAAUUUUAUUGCUAAAUGAGAAACAGAAUACUAAUGGUAUCAUGGGACUGGUGAAUUGUGUCAGAAAAGAGCCAGGUGGUGAUUUAGUUCGAUCUCUAGUAAUCAUUGAUCCAAAAGCACCAGCAUUUGAUCUUGAAUUAGAUCUAUACAGUAAACAAUUGGAUUUGGAUUUAGUAUCCAAUGUUUUCAAAGAUGGAUGCUGGGGAUCUUAUCGGCAUUUGCAAGUCAAGGAUUCCUUGGUUGAUAAAGGACACAGUUAUGCCAAUGUUAUGACUAGAGGAGAUUUAUCAAGUAUGAGAUGGAUUGAAGGACCUUUGAAAUAUGGCACUGAAGAUACAGAAUCCAAUGCCGGUAACUUAGUACAUGUUUAUUAUUCAGCCCUGAACUUCAGAGAUAUCAUGACAGCAACUGGUAAAUUGGCUGCAGAAGUAGUUUCUCAUGGAAGACUUAACCAGAUGUGUGUUCAAGGCUUAGAAUACGCUGGAAGGGAAGUAGAUGGCCGCAGAGUUAUGGGUUUGGUUGGAAGCGGUGCUUUGGCCACAAUUCUGGAUGUUGAUCCCAUUCUAUGCUGGGGCAUUCCAUCUCAUUGGACUUUACAGGAUGCAGCUACUGUCCCAGUAGUAUAUGCAACAGCUUACUAUGCUUUAGUAUUAGCUGGAAACAUGACUGCUGGUCAAACCUUGCUAAUUCAUGCAGGAAGUGGUGGUGUAGGUCAAGCUGCUAUCAACAUCGGUCUCCAUGCAGGAUGUAAAAUUAUCACUACUGUUGGAACUGAGGAAAAGAGACAGUUCUUGUUGGAUAGGUUCCCUGAAUUAGAUGAUCAAGACAUUGGCAAUUCCCGUGACACCAGUUUUGAACAACUUGUCAUGAGAAGAACUGGCGGUCGCGGAGUUGACAUUGUUUUGAACUCCUUGGCUGAAGAUAAACUUCUGGCUUCUUUGAGAUGCUUAGCUCCCCAUGGAAGAUUUUUGGAAAUCGGCAAAUUUGAUUUGGCAAGCGAUAACCCAUUGGGUCUAGGAACAUUUAUGAAUUGCAGUUCUUUCCAUGGAGUUACCUUGGAGCAUUUGUUUACUGCUGAGGCUUGGGAGAAACACAGAAUAGGAAAAAUGGUGAAUGAUGGUAUUGCAACAGGAGCUGUGCGACCUUUGUCAAGAACAGUAUUUGAUAGAGACGAUGUUGAGCAAGCUUUCCGUUAUAUGGCAGCAGGAAAACAUAUUGGAAAGGUUCUGUUGAAAAUGCGUGAGGAAGAACCAGAAGAAGAUUUUGUGCCUGAAAAUAAACAAUGGCUGGCAAGUCCAAGAGUUUAUUGUGAACCUGACAAGAGUUAUGUAAUUGCUGGAGGUCUUGGAGGUUUUGGUUUAGAAUUGGCUGAUUGGCUUGCUCUUAGAGGUGCUAGACAUCUGGUUUUGAGUUCUCGGAAAGGACUUAAAUCAGGAUACCAGGCUUCUAGGGUUAGAGUAUGGCGCAGUUAUGGUAUUUCAGUUGAUAUAUGCACAGCUGAUAUCACAACACGAAAAGGCUGUUAUGAACUUUUGCAUAUGGCCUCGUCCAUUGCACCAGUUGCAGGCAUUUUCAAUUUAGCAGUAGUUCUUGAAGAUGCUAUUUUGGAAAAUCAAAAUGUUGAGAAAUUUACAGCAUCAUUUGCGCCGAAAGCUGUAGCUACAAAACAUUUGGAUGAACUUACAAGGGAAUUGUGUCCGUUAUUGAAAUAUUUCGUCGUCUUUUCAUCAGUUUCUUGUGGUAGAGGUAAUGCUGGUCAGUGCAACUACGGUAUGUCUAAUUCAGUAAUGGAACGAAUUUGCGAAAAUCGUCACAAGGCAGGAUUUCCAGCUUUAGCUAUACAAUGGGGAGCUGUCGGUGAAGUUGGAUUGGUUGCUGACAUGCAGGAUGACCAUAAAGAAUUGGAGAUUGGAGGAACAUUGCAACAAAGGAUUGGGAGCUGUUUAGAAGCGAUGGAUAUUCUAUUAGCUCAGUCUUACCCUGUCGUAGCCUCUAUGGUUGUAGCUGAAAAACGAGCUACUGGAGCAGGUGGUGCUGGUGGCAUUGUGCCAACCGUUCUUAAUAUCCUUGGUUUAAGAGAUUUAAAAACCGUAAGUCCUCAUUCCUCAUUGGCUGAAUUGGGUAUGGAUUCUUUGAUGGCCGUAGAAAUCAAACAAGCCUUAGAACGAGAAUUUGAAGUUUUCCUAACACCACAAGAUAUUAGAUCUCUAACUUUUGCCCGGUUGCAAGAAUUAGCUACUGCUAGAGAUAUAUCUUCAGAACAAGCUGCUGAAGGAGAAACUCAAGCUGCAAAUCCCGCCGAGGUGGAUCCUAUGCGCGGAUUGCUCCUUCUCAUGGAAGGUGUGACUUCUGAAGAAGUAGCCAGUAUGCCCGUGGUUCAUCUGACAAGUCAGUGUGAAUCCGAGAAGCCUCUCGUGUUCAUAGUGCCAGGGAUUGAAGGAGCUGCAUCUGUCUUCAGAGCUCUUGCUAGUAGAUUGAAGGCAAGAGUAGAAUGUUUGCAAUUAACAGUUCCUCAGAAAGGAAACAAUAUCAGAGAGAUGGGACAAGCGCUGUUGCCUUAUAUGUUGGACUUACAUAAGGAUCUUAACCAACCGCUUAACAUAGUAGCCUAUUCCUUCGGCACACUUCCAAUUUUAGAAGCCAUGCUAGAAUUAGAAGCUCGUGGCAUAAAUGUCAACUUAGUUCUUUUGGACGGUGCUCCUGCAGUAAUGAAAGGAUUGGUAGAUGUGCAUGUUGUUGGUGGUACAGCUGAUGAUGAUACAUAUUUGCAGAUUCAGGUGUUGCUUACAAUUCGUAGAAUUCUUUCACCUGGUAACAUGGAUGUCAUUCAGGAAACGUUGAUUAAAACUAAAACUUGGGAAGAGCGGGUAGUUGCAAUGACAGAUUCCAUUGAAGCGAACGAUGAGCAGAGAAGCAAAUAUUCUAAGACUUAUGUUAGGCAGCUGUGUGAAGCCAUGUUGGUGAGAUGCCGAUCAGCCAAAUACAACGACACAUCACGUUUGCGAGAACAAAAAAUCAAAUCUCGUGUAACUUUAGUUAAGCCAACUGUUCUUUCUAUGCGAGAUGCCGCAGAGAAUUAUGAUAUGGACGAAUUUCUGAUUCAAGAAAUGGAAAUUAAAGUAGUCGAAGGCAAUCACAGAACAAUGUUGGAUAAUCCCAAUUGUGCCGAUAUUGUGAAUGAUAUUUUAGGAUUUGGCGCAGAUCCCAAAGAAGGUUUUAAGGAAAUUGUUGGAGUUGAUAAGGCUUCAAUGAAGGGAGUUAUGCAAAGUGAGAUAGAAGGACAGAAGAGAGUUGGAGUUAGUAUCCAGUAA